AUGGUUUUGCACUUGGUCGCCAAAAUCUGCAGAAUAAUAUCUUCCAGAAUUAGAGCAGCCAAUAAGCAAUCGUCGAAACGGUUAUCUCUGUUGACGUCGCUUCCCAAAGACGUCAUCGUUGACAUCAUAGCGCGUGUACCCAGAUGCGACUAUCCAACACUCUCCCUCGUUUCUAAGCACUUCCGAUCCCUCGUUGCUUCCCCUGAGCUAUACACGAGGCGAUCCUUGUUAGGUUGCACAGAAGACUGUCUCUAUGUUCUCCUCCAUGACACUAAAACCAAUGAUCAACGUUGCUAUAUUCUUCGCCGGAAAGUCAGCGGCGAUAGACGCUUGGUUCUUAUCCCUUCGCUUCCCGCUAUGCCUUUCUAUGGAAGCUAUGUCGCGGUGGGUUCGAGGAUAUAUGUGUUUGAUCGGACUGAGGGUGCCUUCAGCAUCGACUGUAGAUCUCACACGGUGCAGCCUCUCCCGAGCAUGCCUAUACCCAUGCAUCGCACAGUGGCUGACAUCAUCGACGGAAAAAUAUAUGUAAUUGGAGAUAGCUAUUGUGACGAUGGCUGGAAGAAGGCGAUGGUGGUGUUGAAUACAGAAACACAAAAGUGGGAGGAGCCUGCGAUGAUAAAGCCAGACAUUGAGCUGGGUGAAACGUAUUACUAUGGCUGUGUGGUGAUGGCUGGUAAGAUGUACACGAGGGAUUCCGAUAACAGCUUUGUUUACGAGCCAAAGGAAGAUAAAUGGGAAAGAGACGAGAUGCUGAAUUUAAAAGAUUGGGAGUUUGCGUGUUCGGUUGAUGACGUAUUGUACUACUGCGAUAGGGAUGAGAAGAGUCUAAGAGCGUAUGAUCCGAAGCAGAGAUGUUGGGGAGUGGUGAAUGGUUUGGAAGAUUUGUAUUUGUUGGUUGAGAUCCAAGAGUGGCCAAACAUUGAAAUUGUGAGUUACAGUGGGAGACUGGCUUUGUUUUUUCCUAAAAGUGGAAACUCAAGAGAGAUUUGGUGCGCUGAGAUUUCGCUGGAAAAACGUCAAGGAGGAGAGACUUGGGGUCAACUUGAGUGGUGUGAUCAUGUUUUGACUGGUGAUUUUAUAGUUGAGUGGCCUGGUCUUGUUUCCACCGGGAAUUUUGUCUCGAUGAAAUCUCUAGCUGUUACGGUUUGA